UUGGACGGCGUGGUUCACAUGAUGGUGACGUAUAUGAGCGGACCGAUACAAGGAAGUCAUAAGACCUAGCAGAGGAAACGAGAAGUAUCACCCGGAGCGGGCGCGAUCUGUGAACAUGUCUCUGUGGCGAGUGGCGGUCCUGUGGGCCGUUGUCUUUGUGUCGGUGGCGGUCAGUGAGCCUCUGGUGUUCAAGGACUGUGGCUGCGUGCAGGGAAAGCUGAUAAGCGUGGAUGUGUCUCCUUGUCCCACGCAGCCCUGUCCCCUAGUGAAAGGCAGCACCUACACCAUCAAUGUGACCUUCACCAGCAGUGAAGACUCUCCGAGUUGUUCGGCGGUGGUGCACGGCCUUAUCGGAGGAUUCCCUGUGCCGUUCCCACUUCCCGAAGCAGAUGGGUGUAAAAGUGGGAUUUCCUGCCCCGUGAAGGCUGGCCAAACAUACACUUACCUGACCAAGAUGCCUAUCAAACCAGAGUACCCUCAAAUGAAACUGGUUGUGCGCUGGGAGCUGCGGGACGCCGAUAACAAGAACUACUUCUGCUGGGUCAUCCCCGUACACAUCGUUGAUGGCUAAAGAGACGGUGUGACGCUGUAACCAGCAAUCUAUGUCCCUAUUUUAACUUAGCCGGUAAAUAAUUAUCUUACACUCUGUCUCUCGACUGCUGUGCAGUUAUAACCCUUCAGCUUUUACAUUCAGAAUAAAUUAUAAGGGGACUAUGAUGUUUCUUUGGUAAUAUUUUUAAUUAAAAAAAAAUCAACUGAAAUAAAUUGUCAAUUAACACCUGUUAAAUGCUUUGUUACUGAUCAUCCCAGCCAAUAAAAUUUUAUCCGAUUGUUCAGAA